AUGGCUGCCAUACGAAUAACCGUGGAAGCCUGUAAAAAUUGGGAAAAAAAUGGGAAAAUCGAAUUCAUCAAAUUUUGCAAAGGGAUUGCAAGUAUCAGUGCUCUGGAAGCCUCUGAUAUUUCCUAUCGGAGAGCAUUAUAUGAUUUAUUCAUCAGUGUAGUAAGAGGGUAUAUGAAACCAGAUUAUGCAAUCUCUACCAUUACAGAAAUAGUUGAUUUUCACAAAGAUCUGCCAUCACUUUUAGCUGGUAUCCUCAGUGUUAUUGAUGUAGAAUCUAGCUGUAGUGAUGACAAGCAGCAAAGAGAUCGAUUUCUUCUGUUGGUUUCUGGUAUGGUUGGUAUCAUUCCUGAUUCCAUCUUGAAAGAGCGGCUGGAUCAAGAGACACUUGAAUGUGUUGGUCUUAUUCAGUCUAAACAGCUUUUUCAACAAAAAUAUGUCAAAACGAAAACAAAAUUAUAUUACAAACAGCAGAAGUUCAACCUUCUUCGAGAAGAAAGUGAAGGUUAUGCUAAAUUAAUGAGUGAACUUAAUCAGGACCUUUCUGAGACUAUUUCAUUCUCACAAGUAUUGGAAAGUAUCAAGUCACUUAUUGGUUGUUUUGAUCUUGAUCCCAAUAGAGUUCUUGAUAUUUUGUUGGAAUCUUUUGAAUGCCGUCCAGAAUAUGAACACUUUUAUAUCUCUUUGUUCCGGGCAUAUAUGAGUGAGCAGAAGACAUUAUGCCAUGUGCUUGGAUUCAAAUUUCAUUUCUAUCAGUCUGCUGCUGAAGAUACUCCUGUGUCAUUGUACCAAGUUGCAGCAUUGUUGUUGAAACAUGGCCUGAUCGAGUUAGAGGAUUUAUACUCUCAUUUAUGUCCUGUUGAUAGCAGCAUUAUUGAAUACCAUCAAAGAGAGUUGCUAGAAGCUAAACAGCUUGCUCGAAAAUUAAAUGUUGUUUGUGUAUCUGACAAAGCAAAUGAAAAUAAAGACAAGGAAAAUGACAAUGAAACAAAGAUUAAUUUGCAAGACAGCAAUCAGAAACUUGGUCUGUGCAAAGCUUUGCUGAAAGUUGGAGAUUGGCAGCAUGCCAAAGCCAUCAUGGACAGACUUCCCGAAUUCUUUGUGACUUCCCACCCAGCUACAGCCCAGGCAAUGUGUGCCUUGAUUCAUUCCCUCAUUGAACCCAUAUACAGGGAGAAUACUGGUUUUCCACCAGCUGUAUUGAAGAAAAAGGCAACAAGCAAUGAUGAUCAUUUAGAAAAAGUACAAUCUUUUCUACAACUGCAUUCUCAAAUUUUCCCAAUGAUGUGUUACCUUGGACCACAUGCUUCAUAUGAUGUUAUUCUUCUAGUGAAAUUUAUCAGAAUUGGUAAAAGUUUCAUGCUUAAGCGCCAAGAUAAUGCAAUUGAUCCUGAUGAUGAAAUAGCAUUUUAUGGAUUCCUCACUAUAUUAGAUGAGGUGCUUUUGCCUAGUUUGACACUGCUGCCUUGUAACUGCUGCCUGUCAGAAGAACUGUGGAGUCUGCUUAAACUGUUUCCUUAUGAACUCAGAUAUCGUUUGUAUGGACACUGGAAAAAUGAAACUUACAGCGUGCAUGCCCGGAUGAUUCAUGCUAAGGUCAGCUGUUUAGAGAGAGCCAAGUAUAUUAUGAAACGACUUUCUAAGGAAAAUGUGAAACCAUCUGGAAGACAGUUAGGCAAGCUCAGCCACAGUAACCCUGGUGUUUUGUUUGAAUACGUCCUGUCCCAGAUUCAAAAAUAUGACAACUUCAUUGUUCCAGUUGUUGACUCUCUGAAAUUUUUAACAUCUCUAUCAUAUGAUGUUUUAGCUUAUUCUAUUGUUGAGGCAGUUGCCAAUCCUGACCGUGAGAGACUAAAACAUGAUGACACAAAUAUAUCAUUGUGGCUUCAAAGCUUAGCAAGUUUUGCUGGCUAUAUAUGUAGGAAAUACCCAGUCGAAUUGGCAGGUCUCAUGCAAUAUGUAGCUAACCAGCUGAAAGCAGGGAAGAGUUUUGAUCUUCUGCUACUCAGAGAAAUAGUCCAGAAAAUGGCUGGUAUAGAAAUUUCUGAAGAAAUCACAGAUGACCAACUUGAGGCUAUGUCUGGUGGAGAGUUAUUGAGACAGGAGGGAGGCUACUUCGCCCAAGUACGAAAUACCAAGAAAUCAUCUACUCGUUUAAAAGAUGCUCUAUUAGAACAUGGUCUAGCACUUUCUCUCUGUCUUCUUAUGGCCCAACAGCGAGAUGGAGUUGUUUAUAAGGAAGGGAAUGAAAGACAUUUAAAAUUAACUGGAAAGUUAUAUGAUCAGUGUCAGGAUACAUUAGUUCAAUUUGGAAGUUUCUUAUCAAUGCAACUAAGCACAGAAGAAUUUAUUAAGAGAUUGCCACCAAUUAAUGAAUUGAUUGGCACUUACCAUGUUCCUCAUGAUGCUGCUUUCUUCUUGUCCAGACCAUUGUAUUCCUAUGCUGUCAAUACUAAAUUUGAAGAACUGAAAAAAACUGAUAAAUCUAAUAAACCACUUUCAAGUCAACAAAAGACUCAGAAAUAUGUGGAAGCAAGUGCAAUUGUUAUGGAACCUGUGAUAGAGCUGAUACGCCCUCUGUAUCCAGCAAAAGUAUGGGAUGAUCUGAGCACUCAUUUUUAUAUGACUUUUUGGGCUUUAUCUAUGUAUGAUCUUCAUGUUCCCCAUGCUGCCUAUGAGAAGCAAACACAACAGUUGAAGACACAGAUUGCUGCCAUUGAUGAAAAUGAUCUACCACAAAGCAAAAAGAAAAAAGACAAAGAAAGAUGUACUUCUCUCAUUGAAAAACUGAAUGAUGAAGAGAAGAGACAGUCUGAUCAUGUGCAGAGAGUUAUGGCUCGUCUGAAACAUGAGAAAGAUUCUUGGUUCCUUUGUAGAUCCACCAAAAAUGAGAUGAUCACUCAAUUUCUGCAGUUGUGCAUUUUUCCACGCUGCUGCCUGACAGCCAGUGAUGCCCUGUAUUGUGCUAAGUUUAUCUACAUCCUACAUGAGCAGAAAACUCCUAACUUUUCUACUUUGAUCUGCUGUGACAGAAUUUUCUGUGAUAUUACAUACACAGUAACCAGUUGCACUGAGAAUGAAGCUCAUCGUUAUGGACGUUUUCUCUGUGCAGCUUUGGAAACUAUUAUGAAGUGGCAUAACGACAAAGCUACUUAUGAAAAAGAAUGUGCCAACUAUCCUGGCUUUGUGACAGUGUUCCGUAAGGGCACUGACAGCAUCAAUAAAGCUGACCAACUUGACUAUGAAAAUUAUAGACAUGUCUGUCAUAAAUGGCAUUUUCGGAUAACAAAGGCCAUGGUUGCUUGCCUUGAAUCAGGGAACUAUAUUCAGAUCAGGAAUUCAUUGAUCAUUCUCACAAAGAUUCUCCCAUAUUAUCCAAGGAUAAUGCAGUUUGGUCAAGCGUUGGAACGGAGAGUAAAUAGAAUUCGUCAGGAAGAAAAGGAGAAACGACCUGAUAUCUAUGCUCUUGCAAUGGGGUAUUCAGGUCAGUUGAAGAAUAAAAAGUCAAUGUGGGUACCUGAACAUGAUUUCCACUUCAAAGACAAGGAAACACCCAAGAACCAAACAAAGACUACAUCCCAUUCUUCAAGACAUGCUGUCUCAAGUUUCUCAGGAGAUCAACUGAUGAAAAAAGCUGCUGAUGCUAAAGCACGUGAGGGUAAAGAAAGCAAAGACUUAAAGAAGGAGAAAACUGAAAAGAAAUUAGAAAAGCGGGAUUCAUCUUUAGAGGGAAGAACUAAAUCAGUCCCUGCUACUGAUAUGAAGAAAAAUGACAUUGAGAAGAAACCUAUUGCCAGUACAAUGAAAGAAGACAAGGCAAAUCCUAAGGACCAUGGUUUAAGCAAGGAAAAAUCACCUGAGAAGAAUAGUGAUAAAGAGAACCGACACAAGGAAGAAAAGAGGCACAGCAAGAGUCAUGAUGAAAAACUGGUGGCCAAAGAAAAACUGGCCGGAACAAAGGAAAAAACUGCAAGCAAAGAAAAAUCUGAAGAGAAGAAGCUACGUAAGCAAGAGAAGGAAGAAGAGAAGUAUGAGGAGAAGCUGAAGAAAGACAACCACCAUCAUCACAAGGAUAAGGAAAUGAGCAGCAGCAGUGUAGGCAGCAGCAGCAGUAGCAGCAGCAACAGUAGCAGGCACUCUGAAAAGGUCUCAGCUGUCAUAGCAGCAGCAGGGGUUAGCUAUAACCAGUAUAGACGAAGUGCUGAACCCUCACCAAAACACCCAGAAGAAAGAGAUGUGAAACGAAGAAAGUUGGAGUCCUCAUCAUCCACUUCUACAAAGAGUCCUUCUAGUGAAAAAGAAAGGGAAUACUAUGAAGAAAAGAAGAAGGAAAAGAAAAGAGAUAUUUCCUCAGACAGGAGCAGUAUAGAGAUAAAGAAAAGAAAAGGUGAUGACAAAUCAGGCAACAGUAAACUAAAUGGAGAAUCUACAGAAUCUCGAUUGUCUUCUGGCUCCAGUGGUAAAGAAGAACGGAGAAGCAAAGAAAAACAAUUUAGCAAACAUGACAGUUUAGAAAAGGAAAAAAGCAAAAGGGAAAGCCGAGGUGAAGAAGAAUACAGAGAGAAAGUAAAAGACAAAGAAAAAGAACGAAUGAGGAGAGCUGAAAAAGAAAAACUUUCCAGCAAAAAAUUGAAGAAGUGA